AUGGAUAUCAAGCUAAUGCAAGCAGCUUUAAGAGAAAGCCUUAAUAUUAAUGAUAAGCAAGAAGAAGAAGAAAAAUUAAAUGACAAUUCAUCUACGCAAGACAUUUUAUCUUAUGGAGAUUUUGAAAAUCUAAAGAAAGACAAUGACCUGAACUUCUCACAAAUUAGAAAAAAACAAAAUUCUUUGCCAAAGUUGAAAGACGGUAUAAAAGCAGAUAUUUUUAGCUUAUUAGCACAAUAUUCAAACUCAACCAAUAUCAAUGUAAAUAUCCCAGCAUCACUUGUCAAAAUCGCCAAUAUUGAUACUCCGUACUUAGUUCAGACCAAGAAAAAUGGACAAGUUAUAUCCAGGCCCUGCCAACUCAGCGAAUAUUUAAAUUUAUUCGCAAAAAAAAUUUUGGCAGAAGGGCCAUUAUACAUUUAUAAAGGUCUUGAAAAAAAGACAGUUCCUAUUUACUCAAAAGAAGGUGCAGAAUCUUCUUUCGAUUCAAAUCAAGAGAAUUCGUGUUUACAAAAUUACAUAAAAUGUAUUUCAAGUCAAGUAUCUGUAAUAAGAGUUUUAUGAAAAUUAAAUAGAAAAUGCAAAUAUUUUACCAUAGUCAAUAGGAAAAAAAUUUGCAAAAAAUCAAGAGAAGCUUCUAAAUCACCUCAGAAUAAUAGUUUCAACAUUAAAGCCAAGUACGGACUCCCUGUAAACAAUUUUCGGUAUGUAAGCAUGAUCAUGCAAACUUCAAAAUCAAUCAAUAAUCCUUACAAGGUUUCUCCUGUAUCCUCUCCUGAAAGAAUGACAUCUAAACUCUCUGAUUCAUUAUCAACCUCCAAACUACUAAAAGUUCCAGUCGGUGAUAAUACCCCUAUUCGUAGGUUUGAAGAAAAUAAUCAAGAUUAUGUUUUAAAUACUGAAAGUUCUGAUGAUGUCCUUAUUGUCCAAAAUUUCAUAAGGCAUCCCACAAUUGAAGCAAUGAUGAUUGAAAUUGCAUCGUUUUUAAAUAAAACUAUUUAUAAAGAUGAAGGAGUCAAAGGAAUCAUAGCUGAUUUCAUGCGAGAUUCUGAAAAAAAGUGGGUUUUGAUUGGCUGCAAAGAAGUGGCUACGAAUUACCAAACACCUAAUACAUCAACAAGAGCCAUAAAAAAUUCAAGAAGAGGUUCAUCAAAUUCAAAUAAAACCCCAUUACAAUCCAAUAAGGAAAGUAGCAUACAAAGAGAAAAAGUGAACAUAGAAAUUAAGAUAGAAAAAGAGCCUGGAGAGAAAAAAGAAUUAGAAAUGAUUCAUGAAUUGCCAUUUAAAAUUCGAAAUACCCAAAAACAGCAAAGAGAUUACACAAUAAAUACAGAAGAAGCUUUCCUUGAAAAAUGAACAAAAAUUAAUGCGAAACUUGAGCGUGUUAUGAAUUUGAAUUCGCCUUCUAUUGGAAGUCCUAAGAAUACUUAUUUAAGUGACCCCGAUAUCCGCAGCUAUCAAUCGUCCUCCCAUCUUCCAAAAUUACAGCUUCCUCAUUUAAAUCAUGAGGCUAGUGAUUCUUCUAACAGCCUUCAAUGCCCUUAUUUGAGACAUAGAGCAAGCAGCGACUCAAUAAAUUUAGCAAACAGCUGUACUACUUCUGAUGUGAGUCGGAAGCUUAUUCUAGAUGCUGUUACUAAAAUAGAUGAAAUGAAGAUGAAUACUGAGCUUGCAAAGGUGAAGAGCCAAAAUUUGGUCAAAAAGUAUGGCGGAAAUGAAUUUUGGACUGAAUUCAUAAAAUCACUGUAUCGGAAAAUAAUGGGGAAUAGUGAUUUGUGCAAGCAUUUCUCAAACUCUGAUUUGAGGAUGAUAAUAUGUGGAAUGUGCCAAAUCUUUAAUGGCAAUGCAACUUUUGAAUUUAGAAGAAGUGUAAAAAAAUCUCAUGAAAACAGGAAUAUUUAUGGAUGGGAAUUUGAUAUAUACUCUGAGCUGUUUCAGAACACCUUAAAUGAGUUUGAAAUUGAGGAAGAAGAUAAACAAAUUAUAAUGAAGCAAAUAACCUCAAUGAAAUGCCUGAUUUGCAAAUAUUAA